AUCAUCUAAGUCUCUGACUUUCACGGUUGCUAUCUUUUUCCACCUCCAAGAUCCUCGUACGUGGCUCUUGGAGGAAGGGGUGGGGGGAAGCUGUGCUCCAUGAAGUCAGCUCGGGCCGCAACAUUCCUGUCGUCGGCUGCCGGCUGGCGAGUCUGUCAGUGUGCGGCGCAAGGCAGUCUCCGUUAAACUGGCCUGGAUGGCAGGGACACACUGGUGCAAAGAUUGCUUCAAAAGUAAGGAUUUCUGGUUACAUGUGGUCUUUGACCCACGGGACGGAUGAAAGCUGAAAGCUGUCAGAGACCCAUCUGGGCUGUAUCUGCUCUGUUUAUCACCCUCCUGAUGCUGACCUCCAAGGGAGCAUCAGGCCAGAAGAUGACUCAAACAGCCAUGGCACAUGCUACAGCCACGGCUGCAAGACCAGGCCCUAACUUGACCGAUGACCUCCAAGGCCUUCAGGCGAUAGCAGACUUCCUAGCUAGUGAGCACACUCAUGUUUGGCUCUUAUCCCUUGCGGGCUCAGUGGUUGUAGGCCUCAGUGGGAUUUUCCCUCUGCUCGUCAUUCCAAUUGAAGCUGGAGCAGCCCUUAAAACCGAAGCUGGACGCCAGAAGCUAAAGAGGCUUUUGAGCUUCGCUAUCGGUGGUCUUCUUGGAGAUGUUUUUCUUCACCUUCUCCCUGAAGCAUGGGCGGUGUCUGGUUCUGCAGCCAGCAAAGAAAAACACUACAUAACGCAGGGCUUGUGGGUAAUCACUGGCCUACUUGCAUUCCUUCUCCUAGAGAAGAUAUUCUCAGACCAAAGUGGACACAAAGAUUCACCAUCACAUUCAGACCUAAAUUUUAAUUGUACGUCAAGUUCUCUUUGCAGUGGAAAGGGUGUUGCGUUAAAUGGAAAUGGGCACCAUACUGAGCCACAGAAAUCAUCUACCCAUCAGAAUCUGCAUGGAACAGUCGAGACAAGUGGCUACCUUAACCUACUAGCCAAUUGCAUUGACAACUUUACACAUGGACUGGCUGUCGCAGGGAGCUUCCUUGUCAGCAAAAAGGUUGGGUUUCUUACCACUUUUGCCAUCUUGCUUCAUGAAAUCCCACACGAGGUGGGUGACUUUGCCAUUUUGCUGCGAGCCGGCUUCGACCGUUGGAGUGCUGCUCGUCUGCAGCUGUCCACUGCAUUGGUUGGUGUGCUGGGGGCUUGCUUUGCUUUGUGUGCGCAGACACCAAAAGGCACAGAAAAUGCAACUUCCUGGAUACUUCCGUUCACCUCUGGAGGCUUUCUAUACAUUGCCUUGGUGAAUGUAGUUCCUGACCUACUCGAGGAAUCCAAUUUGAGGCACGCCCUACUUCAAACCCUGCUCAUUUUCUGUGGUGUGGCAGUCAUGGCUCUCCUGUCAACGAUUGCUUUUUGAAAAUUGAGGGGCUGUUUUUCUUGCAGUAGUACCAAACAGAGACCUUCAUGAAUGCUUACAAUCCAUCUUGAUACCCAGAUUACACCCUCUGGAUAUUCUUGUGUGUCACAGUACACUCAAUGAAUAUCUGACAAAAAUUGCACUUUAAUUGCACAAAGUAAUGAACUCAGUUUUGAGACGGGACAUUUUUAUUUUAAAAUUUUGGACAGUGUGUCAGCUUUAAUUCUCAAGGGAAUGUUGAUUUAUAAGGAUUUCUGUUACCAAGUUGUCAUCUAAUAUUCAUCUAUCAGAUACUGUUUUGCACAUAAAAUGUUGGUGCUACAGUCUAAUCCGGUAGCCUGCCUUGUUUAAAUUGUAAUUAACCCAAGAAAAUAUGUUUACAUGCAGACAUAAUUUCAUAAUAUUAAGACUGUUGUUGCAUAUUUUAAUCAUCACUUAUCAGUCUUCUAAAAAGGCUAUUUAUGAGGAUUUUAUUUUUGUGUUUUUUUUCUCAGUUCAGAGACUGAGAGUUAAAAUACAAGCUCUGGUCUUCCUGUGUGUCGGUUGCAUGUUCCUCCCUAGCUUCCAUUGGUUUUCUCCGAGCACUUUGGCCUCUUCCCACGUUCCAAAAAUGUGUGUUAGGUCCACUGAAGACACUAAAUUGAAUGUGAGUGUGAAUGCUUGUUUGUUAAAAAUGUGUAGAAAAUGGAUGAAUCUGGGAUUUCAUGGUCCACCCAACUCUCCUGACUCCCCAUUUGUUCUUGAAGGUGAUAAAUUGUCAAUUUCUCAGAUCUUUAUGAAAAUAUUGAUUUGUAACAUAAUGCUAUGUUGAAAAAACACUGGCAUUAACUGUUUGGAAACAGUUAUGAUAUGCACCCACCUACAGUAUGUGUAAAGCUGUAUUAAGUUUGUGGCUCACAAGGUUGAAGAAGCUGAUAGCUAAAUUCACUCUGGUUUGCUGUGGAAAAUCCAGUCCAUCUUGUGUCAAUGCUCCUAAAAUCCUAUGUUUAAAUUGUCCUACGGAAAUGGAGGGAGGAGUCAUUGAGAUGGUGUGUUCACUCUGGUCCCUUUCCUUCCGCAUGUUUGGCAAACGUGUUGCAAUAACCCUACCGCAGGUUGUCUACUUCAAUCAUCAGCCUACGAGGUGCUGGUUGUCUGUGGAAGGGUUUUCAGUCACGGUACGCGAAGACAACAAACAAACACUUAACAUGUGAGAGCUCACUAUGGUGCCAAAAUAGCAUGGAAAAAUAAUAGCAGUGAUAAGCAAUGACCAUCUCUUUUGUUCCCAUCAUGCACUCAUGUAUUUUCUCACCAAAUGAUGUCAGAAUAUUUUGUUACUACCUUAUCUGUAUUACAACAUGAUUGUCCCUAAGCAUUGUUUAGCAUUGUCUCAAUGCUUAUUAUUUUUAAAAUUGUGUAAUUUUGCCCUCAGUCGUAAAUGGAUGACCUUAUUCUAUUUAAAUAUUUUCUUUGACUGGUCAGAAUAAAGUUAGAUCCAUGCUGUGUCUAGGAAAUGAUUUUUUUUUUCUACUCCCAAAAGUCCCAUGUCAUCAAAAGCCAAUGUUUUUCAAUAUAUUUACGACCUAAUUAAAGUUUGACUUGGGGGAGGAGCUAAAGAAUGUUUAGUGGUGGCCAGGUUGAGACAGGGGGUAAUUUGGUGGUGGCACAUAAUGCUGAGCGUGAAUAAAGUUUGCAACUAUAAAAUAAGGAAAUUAUGAAUGCAUGCUACAUUGAUUAAAAUUCAGACAGUGGAAUUAUCAAUACACAGUCACUCGCAAUUAGGGAAACAAACUAACUAAGUAAAGUACAAGACUUCCAACCUUAUGUAUUCCAACUACAGGUAGUCUAAUUAUAUACAGUAUUUAGUUCAGCAACUCUUUAUUUUCCACUGAAAUAUCAGUGGGACAGACAAAUUGAAAAACAAAACAUACUGACAAUAUAAUCAACAGUUGGGAAGAUUACAUCGGGAAUGUAGUUGUUAAAAUUAUAACCCAUUGAGCAUGUAAUCAUGUAAUUUAAAAAAAGUGGAUUAAAAAUUUGAUCGAUAGGAAUUACCUACAUUUUUGUUCUUUACACAAAUAAUACAUUGAUCACAGAAUGAUCAAAUGUAAAUACAUAAAACAAACCCCAAUUCCAAUUAAGUUGGGUUGUGUAAAAUGUAAAUAAAUUAUUUAAAAGUACUUUUCAACCGAUAUUCAAAUGAAUAGAUUAUACCCAUCCAUCCAUUUUCUUAGCUACUUAUCCUCAUGAGGGUCACGGGGUGCUGGAGCCUAUCCCAGCUGUCAACAGGCAGGAGCCACGGUACACCCUGAACUGGUUGCCAGCCAAUCGUAGGGCACAUCGAGACAAACAGCCACACUCACAAUCACAACUUGGGGCAGUUGAGAGUAUCCAGAGUGUUGGGAUGUUGGAGGAAACUGGAGUGCCCGGAGAAAAUCCACACAGGCACGGGGAGAACAUGCAAACUCCACACAGGCGGAUUGAACCCGGGACCUCAGAUCUGUGACGCUUUCCAACUUGCCGCCGAAGAGAUUAAAAAGACAAAAUAUUUCAUGCUCAAAGUGAUGUUUUUUUUUUUUUUUUAACUUUUUGAUUUUUUUUCCCCCCUUCCAAAUACCAUUUGAUGCCUGAAACAUGUUCUAAAAAAGCUUGGUCAUGUUUAGCACUGUGUAACAUCACCUUUCCUUUUAACAAUAAUUGACUGAGGUAAAUAGAAUUCUUUCCCAUUCUUGCUUGACGUACAACUUGCGUUGCUCAAUAGUCUGGGGUCUCCAGU